AUGGCGGUGGCACAGCCAGAGGUGAUCCAGAACUACCUGUUUCCCAUCAGCGAUCAGCUCACGUCCAAGAUCCUCGCAUACAGAGACGCUGUCAACGAGCUGAUGGAGGACUUUCGUCGCGUGAACAGACACAAGCUUCUGAUCAUCACCGGGCCGUCCACGUUGAAUAACCCUUUACAGUCCAAACACUGCGCCCAGUGGAUCUCCAAGCUUUCCGGCAAGAGAUCGUACAAGGUCAGUUUUGAGGCAAAGAACAAGCUACCCGCAGAGCUGGGAGCAGAGCUCAAGCAUAUCUACGAGAACGAUCUGUCCCCGGACUCCAUCAUGCUAUCCAUGAGAGCCAACUACACAGCAUACGAGGAAUCACAAGAUCCUCUCAGAGAAACCAAAGAAGUGAAGCUCGGACUACCUCUGUGCAGAACUCUCAUGCACGAGCUGGCCAAGUACUGUCCAUUAACGGUGAGUCUGUCCAACACCAUUUCUCCCCAGUAUUAUUCAGAUCUGUGCUGUUUGGGGCUGGUGGACUCUACUUUGCUGGAGAGCCAGUUGCACCGGGAAAUUGUGUCUGGGGUGUCUUAUCCGUGCGGGUUUGAGGUCCCGAGCAGCAGCGAGUACCAUGUUUCGAAGGGGAAGGAGGCGAUUUUUGCGUCAAGCUUUCCCCACAGUUUUCUCACCAUCACAAAAAACGGCUCGGUUGCACAGGUCGAGACCACCGGCAAUCGCGAUACGUUUUUGGUAAUAAGGACCAGCGACUGCGAUAACAACAACGAGGUGCUCAACGCGUUCCACAAUCUCGACACGAACACCAAGCUCCAUGGACAGCUUAAGAUUGUGGUGGACAUUGGGAAGCUCAACAGCGACAAUUACAACACCAAAUGCGAGCUUGUCACGAGUCUGAUCAAAAACCCAAAGUGCUACUCCAAACUGAUAGGGUUCAUGAUCGACUCCGGAGACGUGUACUUGCCGCAAAACACGCAAGUGGAGCAAAUCAGCUCGGUGCUACACGAACAAUACGAAGAAGAGCAGUUUAGCAAUCUGCGCCAAAAACUUCUGCGCAACGAUGAGCCGCACAACAACAACUUUGAUGCAUUCUUGCUGGCAAACCAGAUGAUCAGCAGGAUUGUGUGGGCCAAUCGCUGA